CUUUCAAUAUUGCAAGAAAAAAUAGACCAUUUAGAACGCUUGUUGGCAGAAAAUAAUGAGAUUAUUUCAAACAUACGAGAUUCUGUGAUUAAUCUGAGUGAGUCAGUAAAGGAUGGUCAAAGAAAUCCUGAGGCUAUAAACUUCAGCCAGGGAUCUCUGUCUGAACUUCUUCCUUCUGCUUCAGUUGUGCUUGCAAUUGAUUCUGAGGAUUGUUUGUUUGCUUCAAAAAGUAGAAGUCGCGUUUCAGGAGUACAGAUGUUGGAUGUCUAUGACAUUCUUCCUUUCGAUAAUCCAGAUGGUGGUGUUUGGAAACAAGGAUUUGAUAUCACAUACAAUGAAAAUGAAUGGGAUGGUGAACCACUUCAGGUUUUUGUUGUGCCUCACUCGCAUAAUGAUCCAGGUUGGCUGAAGACUUUUGGGGACUACUUCAGAGAUCAGACACAGCAUAUCUUAAAUAACAUGGUUAUAAAACUACAAGAAGACAACCGAAGAAAAUUUGUGUGGUCUGAAAUUUCUUAUUUUUCAAAAUGGUGGGAUGGAAUAGAUAGUCAAAAAAAGGAUGCUGUUAAAAGGCUAAUAAAAGAUGGGCAAUUUGAAAUAGUGACAGGAGGAUGGGUUAUGCCUGAUGAAGCCUCUGCCCACUACUUUGCUUUAAUUGACCAGCUAAUAGAAGGACAUCAGUGGCUAGAAAGGAACUUGGGAGUAAAACCAAAGUCUGGCUGGGCAGUUGAUCCCUUUGGCCAUUCCCCGACAAUGGCCUACCUUUUGAAACGCACAGGAUUUUCCAAUAUGCUUAUACAGAGAAUUCACUACUCAGUUAAAAAACAUUUUGCAAGUCAGAAAACACUAGAAUUUUUUUGGCGACAGAACUGGGAUUUGGGAUCCAGUACAGAUAUCCUUUGCCAUAUGAUGCCUUUCUAUAGCUAUGAUAUUCCUCAUACAUGCGGUCCAGACCCAAAAAUCUGUUGCCAGUUUGAUUUUAAACGUCUUCCUGGAGGAAGAGUAAGUUGCCCAUGGAGAGUUCCGCCAGAGGCCAUUCAUGCUGGGAAUAUUCAACACAGGGCUUGGAUGAUUUUAGAUCAGUACAGAAAGAAGUCAAAGCUUUUUCGUACUAAAGUUCUGUUGGCUCCGCUAGGGGAUGAUUUCCGCUAUACUGAGAGCUCAGAAUGGGAUCAACAAUACCAAAAUUACCAGAAGCUGUUUGAUUAUAUGAAUUCUCAUCCUGAGUUGCAUGUUAAGGCGCAGUUUGGAACUCUAUCAGACUACUUUGAAGCUUUGCGCAAAGAAAGCAAUUUGGGUGAAAAGAGCACCAAUUCAUUUUUCCCUGUUUUAAGUGGAGACUUUUUCACAUAUGCAGACAGAGAUCAUCAUUACUGGAGUGGAUACUUCACAUCACGACCAUUUUAUAAGCGACUAGAUAGAGUUCUGGAAUCCUACCUGAGGUCAGCUGAGAUCCUUUAUUCCUUGGCUUUGGUGCAGUCCAGUAAGUCUGGCAAGAUGAACAUAUUUCCUUCAGUGGAUCACUAUAAAUUGCUGACAGAGGCUAGGAGGAACCUUGGGCUCUUUCAGCAUCAUGAUGCCAUUACAGGAACAUCCAAAGAUUGGGUAGUUGUGGAUUAUGGCACAAGGCUUUUCCAUUCUCUAAUAAACGUGAAAAAAGUGAUAAUUGACUCUACUCAUAUUCUUAUCCUGAAGGAUAAAGAUGCUUAUAAUUAUGAUGCAUCAAACCAGUUCCUUAAGAUGGAUGAUGCGCAGACCUCGCAAGAUUCUCUGCCGCACAAGACAGUUAUAAAGCUGACUUCACAGCCGAGGUACCUUCUGAUAUAUAAUCCUGUGGAACAAGAGCGAUUUUCAGUGGUUUCAGUCAAUGUGAAUUCACCCCGAGUUACAUUGUUAUCUCCUUUGGGAAAAUCUGUUGCUAUCCAAAUUAGUGCGAUUUGGGAUGGAGCAACUACAGUAUCACAUGAAGCGUAUCAGAUCUCUUUCUUGGCACAUUUACCACCUUUGGGACUUGGAGUCUACCAGCUUUUGGAGGCUCAGAGUUCAGAAGCAGAUUUAGCUGAUUAUACUAUAUAUACAAGUGGAAGGAAUAAUAUGCAGGUCAAACCAAAUAACAUUUUCAAGAUAAAGGAGAUGCAAAAUUCUGCAGAUAAUAUAAUUUUAGAGAACUCCUAUAUGAAACUGUGGUUCUCUGGAAUGUCUGGACUAUUGGAGAAAAUAAAUACAAAAGAAGAUGGUAAAAACCAUCAAAUGAAGGUGGAGUUUGCAUGGUAUGGAACUACAAGUAACCGGGAUAAGAGCGGCGCUUAUCUCUUCUUGCCUGAUGGAGAUGCCAAGCCUUAUAUUUUUACAGAUCCACCUACUGUAAGAGUCACUCAUGGGAGGAUUUUCUCAGAAGUUGUAUGUUUUUUCCCUCAUGUGACUCAUACCAUGCGACUCUAUAAAAUCCGGGGUUUGGAAGGACAGUCUCUUGAAGUUUCUAAUAUUGUGGAUAUUAGAGGAGAGUAUAAUCGUGAACUUGCAAUGAGAAUUUCAUCUGACAUAAACAGUCAAAAUAGGUUCUAUACCGAUCUUAAUGGAUAUCAGAUUCAACCCAGACUGACGAUGAGCAAAUUGCCUCUUCAAGCAAAUAUCUAUCCUAUGACUACAAUGGCUUAUAUCCAAGAUGUUGGCGUUCGUUUGACAUUACAUUCAGCUCAGUCUCUAGGUGUUACAAGCUUGAAAAAUGGUCAGUUAGAAGUAAUCAUGGAUCGCCGGCUUAUGCAGGAUGACAAUCGUGGCCUUGGACAAGGUGUCCAGGAUAACAAGAUUACAGCUAAUAUCUUCCGACUUCUCCUGGAAAGAAGACAUGGAACAGAUGUGAAUGAAGAGAAGUCAUCAGUUAGUUUUCCCUCACUCCUUAGCCAUAUAACUUCUACCUUCAUAAAUCAUCCUGUAAUUCCAAUGACAAUUUAUGCAGAUUCAGGUGUCCCUGAGAUACUACGUUCUUUUUCCCCACUCAUGUCAUCCAUGCCUUGUGACAUGCACAUAGUUAAUCUGAGGACAAUCCAGUCAAAGUCAGAUUUUGAGCCAUCUGAUGAAGCUGCUCUGAUUCUUCACAGGAAGGGAUUUGAUUGUAGAUUUUCAAACAGAGACGUGGGUCUGUUCUGUUCUACCACUCAGGGAAAGAUAAAGGUGCAUAAACUAUUUAACAAGUUCAGCGUAGAAAGUCUUACACCUACAUCUUUAUCUUUGAUGCAUUCACCUUCAGAUGCUAGAAAUAUUACUGAAAUUAAUAUGAGUUCUAUGGAGAUAAAUACAUUCCGGAUUCGGCUAAGAUGAAAUCUGGCUUUAAUACUCAGAGAAGAGGAUUCUGCAGUUGUAUCGCCUCCACGUGCAAUAAGAAGCACAUUAUUAUUGUUCCAGCUUCUGGAUACUGUGAGAAAAAAAUAGCUUACAUUCUAUUGUUCUUUGACCAACACAGUGAAAAGCCAUGUUGCAAGCAACAUUUUUUUUUUUCAUGAAAUACCGACAUCAGUAUAAAUUAAUGCAACAAGUGAAGAAAUUUUAAAGGAUAUUAACCUCUCAACAGAUUAAAUCUCAGGUUAAAUGCUAACUAACGAUGUAUCUGGUGUUCUUAUUUUAGUUAUCAUAGAAAGGGGAUUGAAUUUUAGACAAAGGGGAUUGAAUUUUAGACAAAGGGGAUUGAAUUUUAGACAAACUGUUUUGUUGAUACUUCAUUAAUUUGUGUACAAAUAAAUCAGUGUAGAAAUGCCUGAUGCAGCUUGGAAUUAAAAUGGAAUAAAAUAUUCUUGGGUAGUAGCUAAUGUCCAAAUAUUUACAAUCAUUUGCAUAAAUGACAAUAAUUUCAACUUACUCCACAAUUCAUUUCAACUUGCUCAACAGAAAAGAGAUUUUUGAAUUGUGGUAGAAUGAAAACUUGCAGUCCUUGUGAUAAGUCAUGGUAGAUUUUAAAGCUUCUACCGCUUGCUUGAGCUAUGUAACUACAAAAACAUGAAUCUGCAAAACAAUUUUGCAUUCAAAAUGUUUAAUAUAACUCCCAUUUUGUUACUUGACACACUGGGAUAUGUGCAAUUAUUCCAUUAUCAUAAGUGACAAGAAAUGUCAGUAAUUGUCAUGAAUACAAGAUUUUUUACAAAACUCAUUUGGAUAUUGAUGUUCUCUUAAAUGAGUUUUCUAUUUCAAGAUUACCAUAUCAAGAUAAAUGUGCCUUAUUUUUUGAUACGUCUUGUUACAAUUUUGGUGUCUACAUUAAUGUUUUGGGGGAAGGGUAGUUUAUAUAAUACUUAAACUGUGUAUCUCCUAUUUGAUAAUGCCGGCCACACUCUGAUCUAUGUCCUCCUGCACCAAGUUUGUGCUAUCUUAUUCUAAACAUUUUGACUAUUUGAAUGUAUUAAAAUGAUGUCAUAUCACAAAUCAAAAAAAAAAAAAAAAAAAGAAUUACUGUAAAACCUAAAUUCAGCUGCUUUCAAGGAAAUUGCAACUUGAUGCAGAGAUUUGAUAGUGAGCAAGACAUAGUUUGCAAACCCUCAUAGUCGUGCUUGCGUGUCACAGAUUGUGGUGACCUGUGCAUUCAGAAUCAUGUGCCUAUAUUUUAAACAUCAUUUCUCAAAAUUACAACCUCACUUAACGUUGCCACUGUUCACAGUACCGAGGAGUAGGUUCUUACUCUUCUUGCUUUGUUUUCACAUUUCAACUUAUUUCACAACAUGUUUCACAUUUAUUGCUAAAGCCAUUUGAGUGUGGAAAAUAUUUCUCUGUGUAGAACUACUGCUUACAAUUGAAACAUAAACAUGUCUUUGAGUGUGAUCCCCUUCACAGCGCUUUUUUCUAUCUUCAUAUUACUUGUUUUCAUCUCUUGCUUAACCUUUACUUUUCCAUACAUCACUCUUUUAAUAAUAAUGCAUGAAAAGUUAACUGGUAAAAAGAUGUGCUAUUUUCAUGCUGCCAACUGUACUUAAUUUGAUCAUUAUCGUUCCACAGUGUAUCAAAUUAUAUCUUGUAGCUGCAGGCAAUCAUAAAGAAAAUGACAGUAAAGUUUUAAUUUCAUGCUUUAUUAUGACUGGAUCUCUAUCAGGAUUGCCUAUGUGUCCCUACUUAAUCUGCUGUAUGUAAUUAAUGGAAUAUUUAGCAGGUUCUGGUGCAAGUUAUGUCAAGAGCAUAAAAACCACUAACCAUAAAUGGAAGAAUCAGAUGGAUCCAAUGAAUGGAUAUUUUCAUGCAAUAAACAUGUACUGUAAGUUUUCUUAGUUAGAGUGUUUGAAAAUAUAUUUUUUUUUGUUGGAACUUACAGCUUGGUACACUUGCCAACAGAAGAUUCUAAUAACAUCUAUUUUGUUGCAGCUUAAGAAUUAAAACAUUUCAGAGACUUGUGUGUGUUCUGCGCAAGAGAGCUUUCAAAAUUUUAAGUUUUGUUAAAUAGAAAGGUAAAACUUUGAUGCAAUAAAGUUUUAAAGUAUUUUGCCUGUUGGAAUUGUUUCCAAAAGAUGUUUCUUGGCAUUGUAACUUUUUGAUUUAUCAUCAGCUGUACAAUCAUGAUGCCUGAAUUUUCCUUAACCAGGAGAUUUAUUCUAUUCUGUUAUUUUGUCUCAUAUUUUUGGUUUUUUCUUUUUGUUUUUUUUUUUUCCAACAACAGAACAGGUUGGGGUCCUCACCUAAAACCAGACUCCACAGUCUGGUAAGAGAUUUUACUGUAAUUGGUUCAGGAUGUAACCGUUGAUACUUUUCUCAGCAGCUCUCAUGAAUUCUUACUGUAUUAAGAGAUUUCAGGUUCUUGUUUUUCAGUGCAUUUGCCAUCUAGUUUCAUCAUACUCUUUACUUUUAUUCUGUUUUUAUAACUGCUGAGUUUUAACUACUGGUUAAGAAAACCAAGCAUGUUACUUUUACCCAAUAUUCUUUUAAAGACAAUGCUGUAUAAGAAAUGGUAUAAGACCUUUUAAUUACUCUUCAUAUUAGAGUUGUACCUGUACUGCGAUUUUUUUACAUUCCUUUAUCUGAAA